GCUGGGUGUCCCAUUGAAAAGGGAGCCGCACUCCGGCCGCCCAGCAUUCUCACUUCUGGCCAGGGAACGUGGACGGCGCACCGACAGGGAGCCGGCCAGGGCGGGCGAGCGAAAGAAGGAAAUAAGAAAGAAAGGAGUCCUGUCUGCGUCUCCCUCACGCGCCCCGCACCUCGCGCCCCCGCUCGCUGCGAUCCCGCGACUCCUUGGCAGCCGCUGCGCAUGGAGAGCUCUGCCAAGAUGGAGAGCGGCGGCGCCGGCCAGCAGCCCCAGACGCAGCCCCAGCAGCCCUUCCUGCCGCCCGCAGCCUGCUUCUUCGCCACGGCCGCGGCGGCGGCAGCGGCGGCGGCGGCGGCGCAGAGCGCGCAGCAGCAGCCGCAGGCGCCGCAGCUGAGCCCGGCGGCCGACGGCCAGCCCUCAGGGGGCGGUCACAAGCCCGUGCCCAAGCAAGUCAAGCGACAGCGCUCCUCCUCGCCCGAACUGAUGCGCUGCAAACGCCGGCUCAACUUCAGCGGUUUCGGCUACAGCCUGCCGCAGCAGCAGCCGGCCGCCGUAGCGCGCCGCAACGAGCGCGAGCGCAACCGCGUCAAGCUGGUCAACCUGGGCUUUGCCACCCUUCGGGAGCACGUCCCCAACGGCGCCGCCAACAAGAAGAUGAGCAAGGUGGAGACGCUGCGCUCCGCGGUCGAGUACAUCCGCGCGCUGCAGCAGUUGCUGGACGAGCACGACGCGGUGAGCGCUGCCUUCCAGGCCGGCGUGCUGUCACCCACCAUCUCCCCCAACUACUCCAACGACAUGAACUCCAUGGCCGGCUCGCCGGUCUCCUCCUACUCGUCGGACGAGGGCUCUUACGACCCCCUCAGUCCCGAGGAGCAAGAGCUGCUCGAUUUCACCAACUGGUUCUGAGGGGCCUGGCCUGCUCCAGGCCCCGGUGCGAUGGACUUUCGAAGCAGGGUGACUGCACAACCUGCACCUGUAGUGCUUUCUCGCCAGUGAUGCUGGAAGGGAGGAAAACGAAAAAAAAAAAAAAAAAGAA